AUGGCUUUUAUGUUCGCGUCUGCCAUAAGGGCCGCGGCUGGGUGCGUGCGGAGGGCGACGACGCCCGCCCGCCCGCCGGGCGCAGCGGAGGCGGCUGAGGGGAGUUCGCUCACGGGCCGAGGCGCCACGGGGAGACCCGCCGCCCCCCACCCCGCCCGCCCUGCUGCCCCGGGGGCCCCCGCCCGGCACUUGCCCCGCAGCCACCGCCCGAAGGCGGCCCGCUCCAGGCGGAGGGGGCGGCGCAGCUCGGCCAGGUCCACGCUCACCCCCCCGAACUUGUCCGGCCGCGCCCGCAGCCCCGCCAGGGCCCCCCAGCCCCGCGCCCGCCCCAGCGCCCGCCACGGCCUCACCAUGGCGCUGCGCAGGGCAGGGCCAGGCAGAAGGCGGGAAGUGGCCGCCCCCGGGGCGGUGCCGGCCUCUGCUCCCGGAACCGCUCGGCGGAGCUGGCGGGGCAGCAUGUCCGCCUCCUCCAGAAGGAAGAGCAAGGGGCGCCCGGUCCCGGGCGGCGGCGGCUCUCCGCGGGCCGCCCUCGCCGGCGCUGCCGAGGGCGGGCCGCUGGUGCUGGGCGUCGCCGAUGCCGUGGAGGCAGGAGAUGACAAAGUUCCUAAAAUGUUGCGAAGAGCCCUUGCCCAGCUGUCGCUGAGCAGCAUGAAGUCUGCAAACAUAUGCAUAGGUCGUCCGGUCUUGCUUACCUCUGCCGAGGGCCGACAGGAGGUCUGUACUGCUUGGCCCACCACAGGCUUUCCAGGUGGGAAAGUUGGGCUGAGUGAAACCACACGGAAGAACCUGAAAGUAAAUCCAUGUGAUGGCGUCACUGUGCAGCCUGUGACUGGUGCAGUCAUCCAGGCAGAGGAAGUCGAUGUAAAGUUAAGGGACAAAGACGCCACCGUUAAUGCCGAGGAAAUGUCUGUCUGCCUACUGAGAAACCUAGAUGGGAAAAUAGUUUUACCAGGAAACCUCUUGGCUUUCACUUUCUAUGGCAAACUUUGUAACAUCGUGGUGAUGAAAGUGAAAGGAACUGAUGGUGCAGAGCUGACUGCCCAGGGCAGUGCCAUUUCCAGUGAUACCUAUGAGCUAGACCUUGAAAGAUCUGAUUUGGAGACGAGUACGUUAGAUUUGUCCUUACAGCUCGGCAAGAUGGACAUUGACGAUAGUCCAGAGGUUGCAUCUGUGAGCACACCAAACAAACUGAUGGGUCCAGGUUCACCAGUUACACCCAGUUCUGCUGUGGCAGCCAGUGGUCAAGAUGCUGGUUGGAGAGAUAAAACCUACAGCAAGGGAGAUGGUGCAGACCUCACCAAUGAUUUGGAGUUGGCUGGGAAAGGAGGCAGUGAGGAACUCCCACUAACUGGCAAAACUGGAGCAAUAAGCAAUACAGACGCUUUUUAUUUCAUUUCUUCAAGAACUAGAAUCAAUUUUAUUGAAUCGAGGACCAAUGUAGCAGAAGAUGGUGAUUGUGAAUCCCGAGUCACCUAUGAUAUGAUAGGAGGUUUAAGCAGCCAGCUCAAAACUAUUAGAGAAACAGUUGAACUGCCCUUGAAGCAAGCUGAACUGUUCAAGAGUUACGGAAUUCCUCCUCCUAGAGGAGUGCUACUAUAUGGCCCACCAGGCACUGGGAAGACUAUGAUUGCCAAAGCCAUUGCAAAUGAGGUUGGCGCUCAUGUCACCGUUAUUAACGGUCCUGAAAUAAUAAGCAAGUUUUAUGGGGAGUCUGAAUCAAGAUUACGUCAGAUAUUUGCUGAAGCUUCUCUGCGUCGCCCCUCCAUUAUAUUUAUAGAUGAGUUGGAUGCACUCUGUCCAAAGAGAGAAGGGGCUCAGAAUGAAGUUGAAAAGAGAGUUGUUGCUUCAUUGCUGACAUUAAUGGAUGGCAUUGGCUCAGAGGGCAGUGAAGGGCAACUCUUGGUACUUGGGGCCACUAAUCGUCCUCAUGCAUUGGAUGCAGCGCUGCGCAGACCUGGGCGUUUUGAUAAAGAGAUAGAAAUAGGAAUUCCUAAUGUCCAAGACCGUCUGGACAUACUCCAAAAGCUUCUCAAGAAAGUUCCCCAUUCCCUCACAGCAGCGGAGUUGACGCAACUGGCUGAUAGCGCACAUGGUUAUGUGGGUGCAGACUUAGCAGCCUUGUGCAAGGAAGCAGGUUUGUACGCAUUGCGGAGAGCACUGGGAAAAAGACCUAACCUAUUAGACAACGAGGUGGCUGGGUCAGUGGUGAUUGCUUUCAAUGACUUCCUGCAGGGGAUGAAUGAUGUCAGGCCCAGCGCCAUGAGGGAGGUGGCAGUUGAUGUGCCAAAAGUAUCUUGGUCAGACAUAGGAGGACUAGAAGACAUCAAACUGAAAUUGAAGCAGGCAGUUGAAUGGCCUCUCAAACAUCCCAACUCCUUCAUCCGAAUGGGGAUUCAGCCUCCAAAAGGUGUGCUGCUUUACGGACCUCCUGGGUGCUCAAAAACAAUGAUAGCGAAAGCUUUGGCUCAUGAAAGUGGUCUCAACUUCUUGGCAGUGAAGGGGCCUGAGCUGAUGAAUAAAUAUGUUGGUGAGUCUGAACGAGCAGUGAGAGAGAUCUUUAGGAAAGCCAGAGCAGUGUCUCCUUCAAUUCUUUUCUUUGAUGAAAUAGAUGCCUUGGCAGUUGAAAGGGGAAACUCUUCGGGUGCUGGAAAUGUAGCAGACCGUGUCUUGGCUCAGUUGUUAACGGAAAUGGAUGGGAUAGAACAGCUGAAGGACGUGACAAUUUUGGCAGCUACAAACAGACCGGACAUGAUAGACAAGGCCUUGUUGAGACCAGGACGAAUAGACAGAAUAAUCUACGUGCCAUUGCCAGAUGCAGCCACCCGCAGGGAGAUCUUCAAACUUCAUUUCCAGUCCAUGCCAGUCAGUGAUGAAGUCUGCUUAGCGGAGCUCAUUCAGCACACACAGAAGUACUCAGGAGCAGAGAUAACAGCAGUCUGUAGAGAAGCAGCCCUUCUAGCUCUUCAGGAAGACAUACAUGCCAAAUCUAUCAUGGGACGGCACUUUCGGUACGCACUGACUGUCGUGACCCCAAGGAUUCCCGAUUCGUUAAUCCAGUUUUAUACAGAUUAUCAGCAGCAAAGUGGACUGCACGCGCUUUGAAAGGCAAAGUAAUAUAUACCCCCAUUCACAACACAAAUGGCAAAUUUCCUUUGUAAAGCUGUCAAAAGCUGAAGAAUUCUGUAUUGUAAGUGAGUGGAGUGUCCAAAGUUACCUGAAGUGCAGUAUCAUUGUAAUAAAUGCUCGUGUGGAAGUUUUGAGUGUAACACAUAUCGUCCAAAACUUUAUAUUUUACAAUUUCAGUGGUAUUUUAGUGCAUUUUAGAGGU